ACCUUAUUAAAUGCACCUUGCCUGUGCCUGAUUGGUUUAUUUACAUUUUUUUUAGUGUGACAGUAAAACAUGCAGAAGUUAUCCCGACUAUUUUGGCCGGUUUUAGUGACUCCAAAAAAUGCAGUUGCUAAGAAUUUGGAAGCUAUAUCGAAAAGUCAAAAGUUAAUGACCGAGUUGGGUCUAUUAAAACCAGCAACUCAUGGCACAUUUCAAAUAAUGCCACUUGCGCAACGUUCUUUAGAUAAAUUAUGUGCUAUAGUCAAUGAAGCUAUGCUUUCCGUGGAAGGGCAAAAAAUAACAUUACCCGUAUUAACUUCAUCUAUAUUGUGGAACAAGUCGGGAAGAUUAAAAGGCGAUAUUACAGAGUUUUUUAUGUUACGUGAUCGUCAUAAUAAGGAGUUUUUAUUGAGCCCGACACACGAGGAAGCUGUUACAUCAAUGUUAGCGUCAGCAGCACCCAUUUCCUAUAGACAACUACCUUUACGGCUGUAUCAAAUUGGACCAAAAUUUCGUGAUGAAUUAAAAGCCCGCUUUGGUUUAAUGCGAGCCAAGGAAUUUUUAAUGAAAGAUAUGUAUACAUUUGAUCGCUCCGAGAAGGAAGCUAUAAUAACAUAUGAAUUAAUAAAUGAAGCAUAUAUGAAGUUAUUUCAACAGCUGGAAGUUCCAUUUAAAAAAGUGGAAGCCUGCACUGGUAUGAUGGGGGGAAAAAUAUCCCAUGAAUAUCAUUACAUAUCUCCAGCUGGUGAAGAUAAUUUAUUGCAUUGUCAAAAUUGCAACCAUGCAUUUAAUGCUGAAGUGUCGGCUGAAAGUGCUACCCCAAAGUGUGUUCAAUGUCAAAGUGUCAACGUGCAUCAAGUGAAGGGUAUGGAAGUGGCUCAUGCAUUUCUUUUAGGUGAUCGUUACUCUAAAGUUUUCAAUGCCACAUUCUUGCAUACUGAUGGUAAACCUAAAACGUCUAUAAUGGGCUGUUACGGCAUUGGCAUAAGUCGUAUAUUGGCUGCUGCACUGGAGGUUUUGUCGACGGAAAACGAACUGAAAUGGCCCACCUUAUUGGCUCCCUAUGAUGUGUGUAUUAUAGGACCUAAACAGGGGAGUAAGGAACAAGCUCAGGCCGAGCAAAUCGAAAAUCAAUUAUGUCAACAGAUUUGUGAAAUAUACGGCCAAGAUGUGAUUCAUGAUGACCGAAAAUAUAUGACUAUUGGCAAACGAUUGAUGGAGGCGAAAAGAAUGGGCUAUCCUGUUAUUAUUGUGGCUGGUUCUAAAGCAUGUUUAACAGAACCCAAAGUCGAAAUUAUAAUUAGAGAAAAGUCUAUAGAAUUAGAUAUUUAUACAGCAUUACAAGAACUAGCUAAAUAUAAGAAACAAAAAAUAAAUUUAAUUCAGACGUAAGUUAAAGUUUUUUAUUUGUUUUAUUAUUAUUUUAUUAUUUAAAAUUUUGUUAAAUAUUAACUAAAUAUAACAACAAUGGUUUGAAAAAAAAUCAACAACAACAAAUGAUCAAUGUAUCACGAUACAAGAGAA